AUGAAGAAAGUCUGUCCCCAGAAGAAUCAAGGGAACGCAAAAUAAUGACCCUGCUUUUGAAAAUAAAAAAUGGUACUCCCCCCAUGCGAAAGUCUGCUCUGCGACAGAUUACUGACAAGGCUAGAGAAUUUGGCGCAGGCCCACUAUUCAAACAGAUCUUACCUCUUCUAAUGUCGCCCACACUUGAGGACCAGGAGCGCCAUCUUCUCGUCAAGGUUAUCGAUCGAAUCCUAUAUAAACUUGACGAUUUGGUUCGUCCCUAUGUACAUAAAAUCCUUGUCGUUAUCGAGCCACUGCUCAUCGAUGAAGAUUACUAUGCUCGUGUCGAGGGUCGUGAAAUUAUUUCCAACUUGGCUAAAGCUGCGGGUUUGGCCACAAUGAUUUCAACAAUGCGCCCUGAUAUCGAUAACAUGGAUGAGUACGUGCGUAAUACCACUGCCAGAGCGUUUGCUGUAGUUGCCUCAGCAUUGGGAAUUCCAAGUCUUUUGCCCUUCCUGAAGGCCGUCUGCAAAUCAAAGAAAUCCUGGCAGGCACGUCAUACCGGAAUCAAAAUCGUUCAGCAGAUUUCCAUAUUGAUGGGAUGUGCCAUUCUUCCUCACUUGCGAAGCCUUGUAGAAAUUAUCGAGCAUGGCCUUGUUGAUGAACAACAAAAAGUUCGAACCAUUACUGCCUUAGCCCUAGCUGCUUUAGCUGAAGCUGCGACUCCUUAUGGUAUUGAAUCCUUCGAUUCUGUGCUCAAGCCACUUUGGAAGGGUAUUCGCACUCAUCGAGGAAAAGGUUUGGCCGCAUUUCUGAAGGCUAUUGGCUAUUUGAUCCCACUCAUGGAUGCCGAAUAUGCUAAUUAUUACACUCGGGAAGUUAUGCUUAUCUUAAUUCGAGAAUUUCAGUCUCCUGAUGAGGAAAUGAAAAAAAUUGUUCUUAAAGUUGUCAAACAAUGUUGCGCCACUGAGGGUGUUGAACCUGAUUAUAUUAAAUCUGAAAUUCUACCCCCAUUUUUCCGCUGCUUUUGGAAUCAACGUAUGGCUCUCGAUAGGCGUAACUAUCGUCAGACUUAUUAUUAA